CAACAUAUCAAAUUUUUUUUAUAACCGUUACGGCAAAAUUUUGAAACUACAUGAGAAAAUGGAAAACUCAUAAACUGUGUAAAACUUAUAGUGAAAAUAUGUGUAGUGAAAAUUUUAGUGAAAAAUGGAAAAUGCGGGGGUAGUGACUUAAAAUAAAAUUUUCUUUAAAAAAAAAAAAAUUGAUGCUGACAAAAAAAAUGGAGCCAUUUACUGGAACGGAAAGCCCACCAGUGGCUAAAAAAAGUUUAUACGAAAAACACGGUGUUGCUGUGUGCUCGCAAAAUAAGGCGCUAGUGAUUACAGCGGCUGUAUUUAUAACAAUAUUCGCUGUGUCAAUUAUCAUCGCUUAUACAGGGCCCCAAAGUGAAUGUAGCUGUGCGGGAGAAAAACCAUCAAACUUCCAAGUCGAAGAGUAUGAUUCAUCCAAGCCAUUUGUGCCAAUUGCAACAAAUGGCCAAGUAUUCCCAUGGAACAAUAUUCGUUUACCACAUUUUAUUCGACCAUUUCGAUAUAAUAUUACAAUUCGGCCAAACUUAACAACACUUGAAGUGAAAGGGCAAGUAAAUAUUGAAUUUCAAGUUGAUAAAGAUACAAAUUAUAUUGUAUUCCAUAGUAGCCAAUUAACAAUUACGGAUAAAUUACUCCAAGAUCGAAAAGGUCCAAUAAAAAUAGCAAAUCUUCUAGAAUAUCCACCAGCUGAACAAAUGUAUCUUGAAGUUAAGGAAAAAUUUCGCAAACGCGAAAACUACACUUUAAGUUUAAGAUACACGACUACCUUACAAAAGUUACCAAGAGGAUUUUAUUUAUCCAGUUAUACCGCUCCCGAUGGUGUACCAAGAUUUCUCGCAACUACAAACUUUGAGCCAACAUAUGCCAGAUCAGCAUUUCCAUGUUUCGAUGAGCCACACUUAAAAGCACGAUUUAAAAUAUCGAUAUUUCGAGAUCGAUUUCAUAUUGCCUUAUGUAAUAUGCCUGUUUUGAAUACGGAAGAUACAGGAUUCUAUAUGGGAACUGGAUUGCUUCGAGAUGUUUUUCAAGAAUCUGUGGAAAUGAGUACAUUUUUAGUCGCCUUUGUGGUAUGCGACUAUUCGUUUGUAACCAGUAAAUCCGAAAAUGAAGUUCCGGUUGCCGUGUAUGCCCCAAGAACUUUGCUAAAUCAAACUCAUUUUGCUAUGGAAAUUGCAACCAAAACAAUUGAUUUCUUUGAAGAUUUUUUUAUGGUCUCAUACCCAUUACCAAAACAAGAUUUAAUUGCCAUACCGGAUUUUACAACUGGUGCUAUGGACAAUUGGGGUUUAAUUACAUAUCGCGGUAAUGGAUUGUUAUAUGAAAAUUUGGAUACAACCGCUUUGGAUCAUCAAAGUAUUGCCAUAGCAGUAACGCACGAAUUAGCCCAUCAGUGGUUUGGAAAUUUGGUUACGAUUCGUUGGUGGAACGAUUUAUGGUUACAUGAAGGUUUAUGCCGAUUCCUAGAAUAUUUAGCAGUCGAUAAUAUCUAUCCAGAAUGGGGCACAAUUGAACAAUUUAUCCUAGAUAAAACUCAAUCUGCGCUACAAUUGGAUUCAUUGGCGAAUAGUCAUCCAGUGGCCGUACAAAUUAAUAAACCCGCGGAUAUUGAAACGUAUUUCGAUUCAAUGACAUACAAUAAAGCGGCUUCUAUCUUAAACAUGUUAGAUCAAUUUUUAUCACGUGAAACUUUUCGAUAUGGUUUACGAGAUUUUCUAAAUCAAUAUCGUUAUGGUAAUGCGGAAAGCAAAGAACUUUGGACUGUCAUGACUCAAAAUACCAAUUAUACCAUGGAAGUUAAGACCAUUAUGGACACAUGGACCUUACAAAUGGGUUAUCCAUUAAUUCGAGUUGCUCGAAAUGAGAAUGUUAUAUCAAUCACACAAGAACGGUUCUUGUUGUCUGCGGAAUGGAACGAAACUCGAUCUAAUUAUACCGUUAAAUCAAUAUUCGAUUAUAAGUGGUAUGUUCCAUUAUCAUAUUUUACAAAUUUGGAUCCCGAGGAACAGCAUACUCUAUGGUUAAAUAGCACCGACGGAAAAUUAGAAAUCGCACCUGAAGUAAAAUGGAUUAAAUUUAAUAUUAAACAAACUGGAUUUUAUCGAACAAUGUAUGACGAUUCCCUUUGGAUGAAAUUAAUCGAAACAUUAUAUGAAAAUCACACUGCGUUUAGCGCGGCUGAUCGAGCCAACUUAAUUGAUGAUGUAUUUUCCUUAUCAAGAGCUGGUUUAAUUAAUGCAAGUGUCCCAUUAAAAUUAUCACUGUAUUUAACAAAGGAACGAGAAUAUGCGCCCUGGAAAACAGCGGUUAAUCAUUUACAAACAUGGAGUCGAUUUUUAACCGAGUCCGCAGCAUAUAAAUUAUUUAUGCAAUAUAUUCGACAACUAAUUCAACCGGUUACGGAAUAUGUCGGUUGGAUUGAUACUGGAUCCCAUAUAAUGAAAUUAUUACGCUCAAAUAUUUUAUCGCUAGCGAUUUUAAGUGAUGUAGAAAGUACGGUUAAAGAAGCACGCACACGUUUUAAUAAAUGGAUGACAGAUCAGUAUAAAAUUUCGCCAAAUUUAAAAGAAAUAAUUUAUUCGGCUGGUAUCAAACAUGGCGGCCUACAAGAAUGGCAACACUGUUGGAAAGAGUAUAACCAAUCGAAAACGACAAAGGAACGUUUAGCGUUAAUGAAUGCGUUAGGUGCAACAUCAGAUCCAUGGCUGUUACAAAGGUAUUUGUUGACAUCCUUAAAUCGGGACAUGGUCAAUGUACAGGAUGUCAAAGUUGUGUUGUCAUCAGUGGCGACAAAUCCAAAAGGUCAAUUGUUAGCAUGGCGACAUUUGAAAGCAUAUUGGUCGGACAUCCAUACGUUAUUUGGUAAUGAAUCCCAAGCAUUAGGAAAUCUCAUUUCAACAGUUACUUCCUAUUUAUCAACGCCUUAUGAUUAUCAAGAAGUAAUGUCUUAUUUUGAAAAAAUAGAUAUUGGGCCAGCGAAAAUAGCGUUAAAUCAAAGUUUAGAAAUGAUACGUCUAAAUAUACAAUGGAUGAACCAUAACGAAAACGAUAUAUCAAAUUGGUUGAAACAAAAUCAAAUUUAGACUAAAUUUAAAAAAAAAUUUACAAAAAUGGGAUCAACUCUUGAUUUUCAUAUCGGAUUUUCAUCUACACAUCAAUCACAAUCUGUAUUUAUUAAGUUUUCAUAAAUAG